UUAGAUUCUGAAAUUAUCAACAUGAGAAUAUCGUCACGUGCUCAACUGUUCCAAGUGUACUUCAGCAUUGAUUUUGAUCAGAGGAGGUGGCAAGCUGGCUAAAGAAUGGUGUUCAUAAAAUAUGUUGGCUGUAUUCUGCUGUUGGCUGUAUUAACAGCCGCUGAUAUCGAUGACUACCAGUGUCACGAUCUUUACGAAUACGACGCAUCAAAAGUAGGAACUGUCGAAAGUCCCUUCUUCGGUAAGAGAAACUAUCAUAAUGGAUUGUGGUGUGAAUACAGAAUCAGAGCUCCAGAGGGAUAUAGGAUUAAACUGAAAUUUUUAGAAUUCGACGUUGACCCAUCGAGUGGCUGCUCUCAAGACCAGCUCGUUGUUUACGGAAAAGACAAGAAGUCAGUGUUGGGUCUUUUCUGUGGUUAUGAAUUACCAAAACCCAUACUUUCAAAUGAAGGUGAAAAUGAGAUACGAUUUCUUUUUCGAACGGAUUUCAUGGUAUCAGGAAAAGGAUUUAAGGUUCAAUACGAGUCUUCACCCCAUUUCACUAGUGUGUGUGAAGCUGGUCAGACUCAAUGUGUUAACAGGAACUGUUUUACGAAAGAUCAGAAAUGCAACGGCGUAGAUGAUUGCGGCGAUGGAACUGACGAAGAAGAUUGCGGUUUCCCAUAUGAGACGCAGCCACAGAAGUGUGGAGUGCAAACUAUCGAGCCAAACACAAUUUUCAAGAAGCAGGGGGUAGAAGGUGAGGACAGGAUGGUGGGAGGAGAAUCUGUCAUCCCCAACAGUUGGCCAUGGCAAGUCUCUCUGCAGAACACAUUUAGUGAACCAAAUGGACAUUUUUGUGGAGGUACACUCAUAAAUGCUCAAUGGGUACUCACUGCUACCCACUGCGUCGCUGGAUAUCCUUUUCCUGGAAACAUCAAGAUUCAUUUGGGAGCUCACAGUAAAUUCAGAAAAACUCAAUACGAACAGAUAAGAAGGAGUAAAAAAGUCAUCUCGUAUCCAAAUUUAGAAGGAGAAGAUAUCAGGAGAUUCAGCAUGACUGAUGAUAUUUCUCUCAUUAAACUGAAUGCUCCAGUGAAAUUCAAUGACGGCGUACAACCAGCAUGUUUGCCAGGUCUUGGUUGGAAGGCUGAUGCUGGAUGGCACUGCUAUGUCACAGGAUGGGGUGAAACUAGAGGAUCUGGGGGAUCAGAUGUACUGAAACAGCAAGAGCAAGUUGUACAAACUCUCCAACAAUGCAGUUAUAAUGAACACACUCAAAUUUGCGUAGAACAGAGAAAUCAAUCCCCAUGCCACGUAAGUUUUGCUACCAUUGGUUUAAGGCUGCCUCUGUAUUAUUUUUUCUAUUUAAAGAAUUUUAUUUAAUGAAAACAUUUCAAG